AUGGACCCAAUCUUUCAAAUUUCGAGAAAAAAAGAGCAGAUCCUCUUUCUUCUUGUUAGAGUUAAAAAAGAUAUUUUUGAUUUUAAGUGUGGAAAAGAAGGUUUCAAAAUUAAAAUGGCAGACACCGAAAAGCGGGAAAACAAAACAGCAGAACAAGCAAAAGAAGAAACAACAAUAAAAUCAACUAUAGAUAAAGAAAAAAGAUUAAAAGAAAUUGAAGCGAAGGUUACUGAUAUCACUGAAAGAUUGGGGGACUUACAAGCGGAAUUUUUUAAAGGUAAUCUUGUAGGACCAGAAGCUGAUAGACUUGGUAGACCUCUUCGUAAGGAACGGAAAAAGUUAAAUCUUGAGAAGUACGAACUUCUGGGAGUACCACCAAAACCGGAAGUGAUGGAGGAAGACGAUGACUAAAUGUAUAAAUAAUGUUGUAUUAAAUACAAAUAAAAAUACAAUAUGAAAUAAUAUGUAAAUAUGUAUGUUCAUAUCAAUAAAUAAAAACUACAUUAAUAAAUGCUUGAUAGCGCGACAAAAUCGCAGAUUACAGUAUUCUCUUCAAUUAACAGACACUCUAAAAGACGGACACCUUUGAUUAGCAAUCACUUUGGUCAUACACCGGCUGUUUUCUAGUCAAAGUUUCAUAAAAACUUUUCAAAAAGCUGACACUUAAUUAGCAGACAUUCUUAUUAGCGGAUAAUUUUUGCACCAAAUAGCAAAUAAGGCUUUUUUCUCCCAAAAUUAAUGGACAGUCGAAAAAAUUAAAAAGCGAGCCAAUAAAAACAGACAAAAAUAAAUAGUUUUUCUAACAUUUAUUUCAAGCAUUUUACAACUUUUGUGUCCAGCUUGUUUUUAAUCUCGUCAAUUUUCUUUAUCAACCACUUUAUCAGCUUUUCAUGGCUAUGAAAGCGAUAAAUAACAGGAACCUCUCCACCAUAGCC